AUGAGAAGUGCAGACUUAAAAAAUAUUAUCGUUAACCAUGCCCCUAAUCAUCAUUCCAAAAAUCCUGGUUGGGAAUACUUUCCAUCUUCUUAAAUUAAAUGUUAAGUAGAAGCCGCCUAAAAAAAAGAAUUAGCCAAACCAACCCCACCAACUAUUAAAAUCAAAACGCUUGAAUUAAAAGCAAAAUAUACUGAUAAGACUAAACCUAAACAUAUAUUUAAAAAGACUGAUUUAAAGGAAAUUGCAAAAAAGAAGAGAGAUGCUUUAUAAAAUUGGAUAACAGAGGAAAAUAAUUUAAGAAAAGGCAUCUAGAAAUAACAUAAAUGCAAGCCGGCCCCUUCUGUAAAAGAGGAUGAACCUAAUGAUUAAUGGCCUGAAAUGAAUGAAGAUUAAUAAUAAGAAAAUAAUGAUUAAAAUGAAGAACAAGAAGAACAAGAAGAAAAUUACAGUUAAUAGGAAGAAUAAAAUGAAAAAGUAAAGAGUAAAAAGAUAGAUGAUGAAGAUUAAUAAGAUUAAGAAGAAGGGUAAGGUUAAGAAGAAGAAUAAGAAUAAGAAUAAGGUUAAUAAGAUCAAGAAGAAGAAUAAGAAGGUUAAGACGAAUAAGAUAAUCAAGAUUAAUAAGAUUAAUAAGAAGAAUAAUAAGAUUAAUAAGAGAAAUAGGAUGAACAAGAAGAAUAAUAUUAAUAAGAUGAUUAUGAAUAAGACGAUCAAUAAUUAAAUGAAUCUUAAGGAAAUUCAUAAAUUAAGUCAAAGCAAUCUAAUAAAAUACAAAAUUCACAAAGUUCCAACUCUUAAAAAUAAAGUUAAAGAUACAGUUAAAGCAAUAAUAAAAGCAAUAUUUAAAAAGAUGUAAACUUAGAAAUAAAUGAAAACAAGAGUGAAGUAAAAUCUAUUGUUUCCAAUUCAUUUGUUAAGAAUUAAUCUAAGGUCAUUAACAAGUCAGUGAAUACAAGUUCAUUAAUGUUUUAUAAAUCACAAGUAGCAGAUGUAUUAAAUUUAAUAAUAUUAAAUAGCAAAUGAGAUCUUUGAUGGAUGAAUUUGAAUGAACUUUCCAUUAAUUCUCAAUAAUUACUGAC